ACCUCCUCUCGCAUUUGUGGGAGGCACUUUGUUUUAAAAAAACCAAACUUACAUCCGGACCACCCUGACUUUGCCCCAUCCCUCUUCCUUCGCCCAGAGGACAAUGCCUUGAGUCCGAACACAGCUCAAACAGAAGGGAAAAGAAACCUGCAGAGCUAUGACAGGGCAGUGAAGAAGAAGAAGUGCCUUGACCUUAGUGAGGUUGGAGGUGCUGACCUGAGGGACAGUUAUGCUGACACCACAGAAGAAACUGAAGAGCAGGACCUGGGCACCUGUGUAUCGUGUGAGGUCCUGAGGAAGUCCUUAAAUGAUUUGCAGUCCAGGCAUGAUGCUCUGCAAGUCGAAACUGUCAAUCUCAGGGCGGAGAGAGACUUUUACAAAGAUAACACUCAAUCCUCUCUCUUUGCUGACACCUUUACAGACAGAGACAAUCAAAUGCAUACCGUGAGAGAAGUGCCAAGCAUGGCUAAACCAAAUGGUAUGAACCAACAAUGUACUGGGAUGGUUGAGGAGCCAUGUCUUAUGGAGGUUGAGGGGUCAUGUUCUGUGAAGGUUGAGGAGCUUUGUCCUGUGAAGGUUGAGGGGGACUAUGAUCAAGUGUUGAUUAAGGAAGAGGAACAACAGGUCCAAAUAGAACUUUGUAGCCCGUUGGCUAGUCAGGACAAAGUGACCAAUGUCUCUCGCAGGUUGCCAAUUCAUGUCCCCAAGGAUAAAACUAUCCAGCUUGCCAAAGCCGUAGUAGAAAGCCACCUAAUGACGAACCAUCUGCCUGGCAGCCAAACCACUGCUGAGCCUUUGCAGAAGACUCCUCUGUCAGCUCAAAGGACACCUGUUGCAGGCAAACAAAUUCAGAGAAGCAUAACACACACAGAGAGGGAUGAGUUGCUUUGGCUGGGCUACAUGAAGUGGAAUGUGCGUCUUCCUGCAAGCACAAUUAGAACCGCACACAAGUUUCAGACGCCUAGGGCAACAGUGCAAUACCUUCUACACGCGGUCUUCUCCCAAUGUGAACUCGCCACCAGCAAUCUCAAGGGCAUCCCUGCACUGGGCCUUAACAAACUGGACCCGGACAAACUUUCUGCCAUAAGACAGUUUGUCACCACCAAGUUUCGCCGUUUAGACAUGCGUCAAUGUGGUAAAGACUGGGUCAAGUGCCGGCGCCAGAUAACCAGCAUGCUCAGGAACAUUCGGAAGGAGGACAGGAAGACGAGGGGGCUCUCAGGAAACCUUUGUAUGAUAGAGAAGGUGUUAACGGAUCAGAGUUUACCCAGUCAGCCAUCGCCUCCCUCAUUCCCCUCGAUCUCCCAACAGCACACAGCUGCGUUCUACAACCCAAUAGAAGAAGAAGAGAUCCUCUGUCUGGAGAGUUAGGUUACACAAUAUCUGUAAUGAUGUUUGCAUUUUCUUGUAAUAAACAGUUUGUUGGGAGUAAAAAAUAUAA